AUUGGUUUGUCCAUUAUGGUUAUUAUGUCAGAAGCUUAUUUACAAUUUAUCAAACUUAAUGCUAUCCAACAAGCUUUAAGCUUCAAUACUGCACCAAUAACUUAUAAAAGAAAAAUCUUGAAAAUGGCUUUUGGUAUUUAUAGUCUCCUGGAGGCAAUUUUGUUGGUAGUUAAUGCAAUGGCAGUUUUAAAUGAAGAACGUUUCUUAUCAAAAAUUGGAUGGGGAAAUAAUCAUAUAGCAGAAUUCAGUAAUGAACCAAGCAUUAAAAAUCAGAUAUUAAAUUUGAUUCGUUCUGUUCGAUUAGUGAUGAGAAUACCUCUUAUUGCAAUUAACAUUUUUGUUAUUGUUGUUAAACUACUUGUUGGAUAGAAUACUUUUUUUUAUCUAAAAUUUUAAAUUUCUUUAACUUCAUGUAAACUUUCUUGGUACUUUUUAGGAGUAUGUUCUAGUCAAAAUUUUAGAUUGACUUUUGUUGUACUUUAUUAAUUCAUAUUGUAGAUGGUUAUAUAAAUAGCUGUAUCAUUAUAUAUUUUUAAA